CGAGCAGAGGCGCGAUGAGAUGAGAGGAGGAGAAGAGAGUCAAUCGCGCUCGUCUCGCGAGAAUAGGCGAGGCUGCCGGACGAGAUGUGAGGGACUCAGGUGUAAGAGCGCUCCUCAUCCACACACAGCAGAGCCAAACAGAGACGCACACACACACACUGCGGGCAUCUCCUCUGUACCAUCAGCAGCCGAGCGCUACCGCAUCCGCCCGCCCGACUGCUGCAAGACGCCAGAAGAGGAGGCGGGAGGACCUGGCCUCUCGCUUUGGUUUUUGUCCUCUUUUCGUGCACUUUAUCUGAGCCGGAUCUCGCGCAAUCAUGAUGUCCAUGAACAGCAAACAGCCUCAUUUCGCCAUGCAUCCCAGCUUACCUGAGCACAAGUACACAACUCUGCACUCGAGCUCGGAGGCGAUCAGGAGAGCCUGUCUGCAGACUCCACAGCUACAAAGCAACAUCUUCGCCAGUCUGGAUGAGACGCUGCUGGCCCGCGCCGAAGCUCUGGCGGCCGUGGACAUCGCCGUGUCCCAGGGUAAGAGUCACCCGUUCAAGCCCGACGCCACGUACCACACGAUGAACACCGUGCCAUGCUCGUCCAACUCCACCGUGCCACUCGCCCACCACCACCACCACCAUCACCACCACCACCACCAGAACCUGGAGCCGCCCGACCUCAUGGAGCACAUCAGCUCGCCGUCGCUCGCGCUGAUGCCCAGCGCGCACGAAGGGGCCGGCGGAGGAGGCGGCGGGGGCGGCGGCGGGGGCUUGAUCUCCACGUCGGCCCACCCGCACGCGCACAUGCACGGGCUCACCCACCUGUCCCACCAGGCUGCUAUGAACAUGAACUCGCCUCUCACUCACCACGGGCUCUUGCCGGGCCACCACGGCGGUGCGCACCAGGGCGCGCCGGGACUCGCCAACAACGGACUGCCCUCCAUUAACGACUCGGACACGGACCCGAGGGAACUGGAGGCGUUCGCGGAGCGCUUCAAACAGCGGAGGAUCAAACUCGGGGUGACUCAGGCGGACGUGGGGGGCGCGCUGGCCAACCUGAAGAUCCCAGGCGUGGGCUCCCUGAGCCAAAGUACCAUUUGUCGCUUCGAGUCUCUAACUCUGUCGCACAACAACAUGAUCGCGCUCAAACCCAUCCUCCAGGCGUGGCUGGAGGAGGCCGAGGGCGCCCAGCGCGAGAAAAUGAGCAAACCCGACAUUUUCAACGGCAGCGAGAAGAAGCGCAAGCGGACCUCCAUAGCGGCCCCGGAGAAACGAUCUCUGGAGGCGUAUUUCGCGGUCCAGCCUCGGCCGUCCUCGGAGAAAAUCGCGGCUAUAGCUGAGAAAUUGGACCUCAAAAAGAACGUGGUGCGAGUAUGGUUUUGCAACCAAAGACAAAAACAGAAGAGGUUGAAAUUUUCCGCGGCUCACUGAUGGACUACUUCUAUAGGGGAAAAACAAAACAAAACAAAACUGACUUUUGGGGACCAAGGAACAUCGCUUUGGCUCAAAUGCGUGUGCUCAUGAUUAGUACCGUUUUAUUUUCACAACUCAUGUUUCUUUUCACUGUACUGGUGAAUGUGAAGUAUGCAAAUAACAGGUAAUCCAGAUGAACUACUUUUCUGCGGUUCAACUCUACUUAGAUACAUCCAGCUUUAUGGUUUUUAUUUAUUUUAAAUGUUUUUUUGUUUUGUUUUUUGCCCCAAUGACGUUUAUUCUGAAUGACGAAAAAUAGCCAUUGAUGGAUUACCUCAUAGUUUCAUUCUAUCCUAUUUAUUUAUUUAUUUAUUUAUUUAUUUAUGUUCAGCAUAUUUGUGUACUUAUUCAUUCGUAAUAGGGAACUGCUAUAUUUUUGAUUAUUAAAUGUGUUAAAAGCAGAUCCCAUUUUCACAGUCUUGCUGAUGAACUAAUGUGAUCAUUCAAUGUUUCAAAGGUCUGCUCUGAUGAAUACAGAACCGAAUAGGAAAAGAAAAGUAUACAGAGUCCCUUUUAAAUAAUAAAGGUGGCAACCACCGCUCGUAUUUGUUGAAAUUGCACUGAAAUCUACUGUUAUUUAGAUUGGUUAGAUAUAUUCUAAUGCUUUUGUGUAUAUAUAUAAAUAUACGUACAAAUGACACUUGCUCACCGUGCAAAACUGAAUUCCCAAUUUUUUAUUUUACUAUUUAUUAUUUAGUCUGUUCUUCUUUUUUUUAUUAUCAUUUUGGCAAAUCAGAAUUCUUCCUCUGCGGAUAUUAGUUAACACGCAUGAUAAAGAUGAUUAUACUUACAGUUUAAAGCAAAAUUGUCCUGAAAUAUAAUUUCGUUGGUUUGUAUACUUUGGUUUGCAGUGCAAACGUUCUAUGCAUUGAAAGAAAAAAAAAAAUACCAAGCACUACAUAGAGUAUCUACUGGUAGACCUUUGUGGAUGGUGUAAGUCACUGUUUAAUGCCUGUUUUCACAUAAAGACACAACGUUGUUUGUCGUGUUAAUUGUUCCUGGAAAAAAAAAAAAAAGUUGUAAUGAUUUUAUUUUGUGCACAAGUAUGUUUACAAACAGCGGCCACGUGCGCAUCACGAGACGUCUCACUCUGUCAUACCUGUGCACCUGUCCAACUGUCUUACCAUCUUCUCAUCCAAACUUCUCUCCAUUCUGUAAGCCAAAUCCAGCUGCAGGGGCACAAGUCCCGGCGAUCUUCUAAAUAAACGAUGGAAAAUCAAA